AUGGAAAAAGGCACAGAUCGCUCACUAGUAAGUCCCUUGAGAAGCUUGGGUGGAAUGUCGUCUGGUCCUGGCGACUUCAUUUCGUUCCAUGCCUUUAAUUUUCUUCAGAUAAUGCCUUCUAAGAAGAGUAUAUCAUUGAUUUUUGGGUUCGGCAGUUCUUCUGUGGAGGGAGGAAGGAACCUUGCUCGUUUGUUUAGUCUCAUUGGAAGAACUAUGAAAAAAUGCGCAGCUCUAUCCCUACUAUCAUCAAUCUCAACGCAAUCAGUAGUCCUUAUUAAGGGGGUUUGAUGCCUGUUCCUUGUACUUCGUCGGAGGUAACUGUAGAGCAAUUUUUGGUUCUGCGUUGCUUUUUGUAGCAAGUUAUUCUUGAAUUCCCUCCGCGUCUUUAUUAUCAGGUUCCUCAGUUUGUUCCUCUGUGUCUUGUAGGUGUUGAAAAAUUCAACUUGCCUAGUGACGCAUUAUUUUCUCCACAAUUUGUGCUUCCUGUUGACUUCUUUCUCAAGGUUGCCAUUUAGCCAUCCUGGGCGUUUGUCCAGUCUUACACUGGUCAGUGGGUAGGGGUUGCUGAUGAGCUGCAGAAAAACAGUAUUGAACAACUCGCAGUCAGCGUUGGCAUUACGUGUAAACAAUGACCUACAGUGGAGACCGGAUAAGUCUGUCCCAAUCUGAUUAAAGUCGCCCAACCAAACAUUCCGUGUUUUUUCGUCUAGAGUAGGAGAAAUGGAGAAUAACGAAUAAUACCACAUAAACACUACAUGGUCAUAUCGGGCAAGGGGCGGCAUGGAGAUGACCUCAUCUAUGAUGCCUGGUGUUUUCGUAAAACUAGUUACAGGCAGUUUGCCCUUUGUCCUUCAGGUAUUCUCGCUGAAAACAUUAAAUGUUGUGUGAGGAACGCCUUUUGUGUUUUGUUCAGCAGACGGUAAGCGAAUGUCGAUUUUUUACCUGGUGCUUGGAGGGGGUUCCAGUUUGUUCCUGGUCCGUUGAAGUCGACCAUGAUCAUGAUGUCAGAUCGACUGGAAAUUUUCUCCAGCUGCUCCAAUAGUUGAGUAUCGACGAUUUGGUCUGUCCUAGGUGGUCGGUAGACAGUGAGGACAUCGAGACUAGGGGAACCAGUAGCCUUUAUGGUCACCAAAUAGCUUCCGUGCUGCACGCAAACGUGGUAGUGUUUUCUGACAGUGUCGGGCCUUCAUUUACAUACACAACUAUACCACCUCCCUGACGAUGUUCCCUGUCCCUCCGAUAAAUUUGGUAUCCAGGCAAGGCUACUUCACUAUCGCUAGUAUUUCCGGACAGCCAGGUCUCUGUUUCUGCUAAAUCAUCUGGAGACAGUUCGACAAGGCAAAGUUUUAGCUCGUCUAGUUUCAAUACGAAACUUUGGUCGUUUGUAUGCAAGCACCUCGAUUUCGCACCAGCCGCAUUUCCGGUUGCAUUUUUCCCUGUUAUGAUCGUUAGUGCGUUAUCUUGGACGCCAUUUUCUCUGGGCUCUUCCGUUAUUAAAUGUGUGCCAUUAAUGUCCGUCGCUUCAGUCAAAACACUUGAAGUUAAGGACUUACUUGUGUUGUCGCCCCUAGUGGCUGGUUUCACAAAGGCGUCUGUGUUAGCUGAGUAGCUGCCGUCGUUCUUAGUAGUACUGGCCAGUUCCACUGAAACGGCAUAUUUUUCCGAACUCCUUUCCCCUCGAAGAUAGCCAGAUUGUGUUUGUCCCCCCCAGUCUCGAUUUUAACUCCGAGACGAGUUCACGGCGUUUCAGCCGUUCCGCUGGUGAGAAGUCCAGUUGAGAAAACCUGUUUGUGUUUGUUUAUGCAGUCGGUUUUUGGCGAGGAUCAACUUGAUUUGCUCUUCGUUCUACAGCAUAAUUUUGAGAGGACGAGAUGGUUGUGCUGAUGCCCUGUUUUCACUCCUUUUUCCUAUCCGGAAUGCUUUCAAAACCUUUAUUUCCAUGUCUGCCUGGAGUAAGUGGUUUAGUAGACCAUGAAAAGAAGGUAGAUCCCCCGAGAUACGGUUUUCAAGUAUGACUGCAUUUGAUCCCGACAAGCCCUGAAUAACCAGACACUGUUGGCGGUCACUGUCCGUCCUACUUUAUCUUUCCGGUGAAUUCUCUGCAUGUGGGCGAGGACAAUUAACGGAGUCGUCACUUGGACGCACACGUUUGCUGUCUACUGACUGUCUCAAGCAACCCGUCAGGGCUGGUUGUUACUUCAGACUCCAGUUAUGGCGUUUAGCUAUCUCCCCUACCCACGGGUUCCUGUCUUCACAUUCAAAUACGUGCGGUCGGGGUGGUUGCCAGAACAAGAGGAAACAGUAGACUGGAUGAUCUAGUUAUAUCGUCUCUUGGCAAAAGGGAAAUCGCGUCACUUGCAACAAGAGUUGGCUUCCGCGCUAGGUAAUUUUUUGUGACAUAGCUUAGGUCUUCUUGCGUGGAAAUUGAGUCUGCCCUUAUCGGUAGCUUUGUUUUAGUUGUCCUACUAUUACCGGCAUCCGCGGUUGCAGAAACUGAGUUACAACCCGUGUCUGAAUAUACCACGAGACGAUAUUCUUCCGCCCAUUUUUGCUUUUUGUUCUUCGUUUUUUGAACUCAAACAUUGGAGACAUUCUGAUGAUCGAGUUUCUGUUGCAGGAGCGUCCUUAAAUCAGCAAGCUUCUUCUGGAGUUGUUCCGCUUCGAUUUGGAUAUAUGCGCACCAAUUACAAGGUUCGUCUUCGUACCUCACAUUUUGCUUACCAUGUAGUACCCUUAUGGGUGUUAAAUAAAGUAAUUUAUUAAUUUAUCUUAUUUUUAUUCUGCAUAAACUGAUAAGAAAUAGCUCUCUCAAUAAUGGCCACGUUUAAAGUGGACUCCACCUUCGGCACAAUUUAAAUAAUUCGGAUUUCUGAGGAUAACAACCACUGAUAAGCAAAUGAAGCUAGCUAACUAUUUUCUGGGUUUUACCGUGUUUUUCGAGGCCCAUUACCAUCGUUUUAUAGAGCCAAAAUGUUUCUGUAUCGCAUCUACGAUGCCAUUCUUAGUUAGAAUUUACAACAGAGUCGACCAUAUCGUUCAAAUGAAUAAAUAAAACCAAAAGACACUUUUCCUCCUCCUCGACUCGUCCUAUAAACUGCACAUGUUCACGUCAAGCUUGUCAGUUAGUUCUGGGGAAUAUCCGAGUUUUCGUGCGUGGUCUUUAACUGCUUAUUGCUUCGCUAGCGCAUUCGUUCCCUCUCUGCAUCGGUGCAAGUGGUGAUGACUUUCUUUGCGUGCCGCGCGCUUCUUGCGUUUAUUUGAAAUCGAUUGUUGCACAUAUGAGCUUACAUACGCGUAUAGGUAACUAAAAAACAACCCUAAGCAUUUUUUUGUUUAUCUAAGAAGAUCUAGGCUCAGUGAUGUCAUUUCUGACCUAGCAGAGCAGACUGAUAGCUAAACCCCAACAUAGCACUGGCACCUGUCGUUGCGCACAUUUCUAGCGUCGUCACACACGAGUGCGUACAAGUUAUUUAAUAAGAAACGAGAAUUGGAAUAGGGAAUAUGCACAGAACUGCACACAUCUAAGUUUGUCACCGACAGCAAUCACAGCUACGUCGGGUGUCUCUGUCGAAGGCCUCGCUGCCCCAAGAUCAUUCACCCCUUGCAGCGAGACGUUGCAGACGCGCUGACCUGAAGCCACUCAACUGACUGUAGCUCGGAUACACCUGCGUUCACACAGUUGCAGUUGUCCAUGCGGCCGCUUGAACGCACCUCCUCCAUUCAAUCACAACACAAGCCACUUGAAUACCGCCCCGACUCAGCCAGUGGUCACUGCCUCCCGAGAGAACGACUCAGGUUCCCGUGUAUAUUAAACCCCUUAUUCUGAUGAUUUCUGUAUUCCUCUUACUAGUUGGGAUUUGACCCGAUAACUGUAGCACUUUGAGUACACUCACCACUUAGACGCUAUAGAUUACAGGUUAACUACCCAGUAAUUGACUUGUGUCUUCUAUCAAGGCAAAUCGUUGCAGGACAAUAAAGUGCUAUUCCGGAAUCUACAGGAGUACAGAUUUAUCUGAAACUUUGGAUAAUUCCAAAUAUUUACGCUUCUAGAUAAGUCAGUCAGUUUAAGUCAGUUUAUUAAGGGAAUGAGGCUUUCGCCCUUGAGCACCCUAUUCAUGUCGAUAAACAGAAAUAAAGUCAUCAAUUACAUCAGCAAAUGCGAAAAGUUAAGAAGUUAGCGGUAAGUGUGAGCCAGGCGCAAACUGCCGCCGCUAAAACAAUCAUGAUUGUAUGUACAGUAGGUUCUCAACAAGUGAGCGUCUAGUCUGCACUUAAAGGAUUUAACACUUUCGGAAAGAACGACGGCAUCAGGGAGUCCAUUCCAUGCCCCGAUGACCCUGUGUGAGAAGGCGUUCCGUCGGACGUCCGAAUUAGCCCGCUUCCUUUGCAGUUUGAACGGAUGACCACGCAGACGGUCAGUCCGGGCCAAUUCAAAGAAUUCAUCAAAAUCUAGGGCACACUCUCGGCUUCUGACAAUCCUGUAGGUUUGAAUGAGAUCGCCGCGCAGUUGCCAGUUGACUAAAUUUACCCACCAAGCAUACAAGGAGCGAAGAGUGUCCUAUGACAGGAUACAGUAGUCAGUCUAAGACGUAUGGUUCGCGUUCCAGCAGUGGACCUGAAUUUUGGUGCCUGUUUAAGGUAUGGCAGACGAGUCACACUACGCAACAUCUAUAGAGGCCAAAUAAUUCUACCUUGAACUGCUUAAUCAAAGUCGAUAGACUGACUAGGUCGUCCUUGUAACCAUUGGAAAGUGGUCAUCCAUUUAAAUAGGCUCAGGACGACGACAUGCGUGACAAUUACUUGAACGAAGUCUUAUCUCUUCAGACUAAACUUUUUGGUCACACUUUUGACAUUAAAGCAGGAGUAUGCAUCGUUAUCAACACAAUGUAAAACCGUGCCAAAACAAACUCGUGGAAUUUCAAGUAAACGAACGUAAUGACGAAAUUUAUAAGGCAAAGGUGAAUAGAUAAAGUGAUCAGUAUAUUCCUGAAACGUCCCUCGAUCUUCUAAUCCUUUUGUUUUCCUGCUUUAGUUUUUUUAUCGCAAAGAGCUGUUAAUUUUAAUGUAUAUAUGAGUUUGCAUAUGUAUCAUAUGAUACAAAUUUGCACCAUAACUGAAGGUAUGAUAUGUUGCUUAAGUCACAUAUCUGAUAAUAAGACCAUGAAAUUACUUUUCUGGCCUUCCUUGGAUUUUCUGAUUACGGAAGCCACCAGAUGUAGACUUUCCUCGCAUAUGCCUGCGACACAACAAUUGUCUAGAUAUAAGAAAACGCCAAUGUUCACCAAAAGUAGCUGCUUUUCUCCUUAACCUACAUUUGAAACGACUCUUAAUUUAGAGGAAUGCUGUUCGUGUCUUCUACUAACCUAAUGCUCAAAAAUAAUGGCAGCUCAAUGAUUUCUUAUCAGUUGCUUAGGUUUCAGUCCUAAGGUUGUAAACUGUGCGUCGCUACUCUGUGUGGUUGGCUUAAUCUGGCAUUAAAAGCAGGAAAACGGAAACACUGGCUGAAAUGCGCGUUCGUAGCCCAGCCUUUCGAGGUUUCUACCGUGUCCUUUAUUACUCAGUCCUGUGAUUUCAUUCUCGAGGCAAAAGUCAAAAUUACAGCUAGCUAGCUCCGAAGUAACUUAUACGGUUAUAUGUUCAGUCAAAUCCCUAGAGAUAUUGAGCUGAUGGGGAAGAGAUACCCAGUGGGACACUACAGAAGAAGAAAAUAUAUUUUAUCCUACAAUUAUGUAGAGAAUUAUUGAAGUGUCAGGAAAGUAGAAGAUCGGGGGUAGAAAGCAUACGCAACUUCAUUUGUAAGACGUAGUCAUCAAGAAGUAAAAGCAUGGCUUUUCAAAACGCGAGGCUAUGAUGUUCGGUCACUUUGAAUAACAGUUUGAAAGCUGGGUGUGUAAAAUAUAAUAUAUGUGGUCCUAAAAUUAAAAGCUAAGGAUCCAUUGAAGUGACCGGAAUGUGUAUCGAGCAGUGAGAACGCACCAUGGUGCCAUAAAAACCGCGAUUCCUGCUACUGGGAGAAUAGCGUUUUCAGACUAUGCCAAUAUAAAAUCAGGGUAAACGGCAAGAUCAUAAACCAAUUCACAGAUUAUUUCUAAUAAGACCCUAACGAAUAAGUGACCAGAAGGCGGUUCCUGGGUAUUAAGAAGUAAAAUAAAGUGAAAAGGUUGGGGAGUGGAUGACAAACGGGACGGCGCGCGGCGGGAAAGGAGCGCAAACAUCUCACGACAUGUCAGACGCCUGCUAGAACAUCGAAGAAAGUGCAGGAAAUGUUUAUCUUCUGUAAGAUACAGGGGAGUGGAAGACGCUUGUUGCUUUGUCUGAUCUGCUUAAAAAAUUUAGAGUGAAAAAUCUACCAUACGGACACAGAGUUUUUGCGCUAAGUUAAACUCUUUCCGAAUAAAAGCCUUUCCAAAGUAUGUUCCAUGUGACUGUUGUUCAUACGCUUUAGAGUGACAUAUAGUGUGGAUUGAUAACGCGCUGUGCAAAUGCGGCUUAUACAGCUCGUGAGUUUACAAGAAAUCUCCGCAACUUGAAAGGAUGUUCGCCAGCUUGUUUUAUGCGGUUGCGUUGAACAAUAUAUUCAGGAGAGGGUCGUAUGUCAUGUUGGCAACAUUUUGCGUAUAGACGGGCUUUUGUGCGGUGUCACCUGUGUCAGAGUGUGUGUCACUGAACUUGUCAACAUUCUGCAGAUGAUCGAUUUUCGAAUGAAGUAAAGUGUUAAAAGUGAAAAUUUCCCCAAACUCCAGUGUCAUGAGAAAAGUAUUAAGGCUACAUUCAUAGGGGAUUUUCUAGAACUGAAACAACAAAUCGUAUGCUUAGGAGAAUAAAAAGAAACUUAUAUUUUGUUGACUCCGUUAGGACGACAACAGUCCUGUUAUAUAGUUAUUCUGCGGAAUCGGUACAUGGAGUUGAGUAGUUCCCUAAAGCAGCGCGUAGAUGCUUACCAAAUUCGAAAGCUGGGUUAUCUACUCGAAAUUAUUUACAAAAAUUUUCUAAUAGGUCCUGCAGUUAAAUCACAUCAUAUCGUAAUCAUUAAAAUUCCAUGCCUGAAUACAAGUAUGUGGUAGAAUGACAUUACCACCAAAGACAACUGAGAACGAAAUAGCCAGCUCUGGCGGAGCUCUAAAUUGAACCCGAGUACGAGUGCGUUUUGUAACGCGAUCGGUGGGCGCUCCUUUCCAUAAAUAUGUGGUCUCAUGCAUAAACUGAAGCUUGAUUGAUUUGUCCUGGAAAAAUUUUUCUCACAAGAAAUUUAGACUGUGACAACAAGUCUGGUAAUACUGUUAAUUAGUGCUCCUUAUGUAAUUUGGUGUUAAAACGUUACUGUAUCGAAAAAGCGUUCACAUCAAGACUUAUUUCGGAUUUUAAAAGCUGGCGUGUUAAGUAGAUGACCGAACGUAGGCUGUCCAAAAAUUAUGCGCUUAGAGCGAACCGAGUGUAUUUAAAUGUUCCUAGGAAAUUCAAUGACCUGAUAGAUAACCACCUGUUAAAUUCGUCCGUAGUUUUGUUUUGCUCUGCAGACUCUGAAGAUCAGAUAAAUUACUUCUGAAAAGAGAGUUUUGGGAGUGUGAAUAGUAUAUAGCCUCAGUGGUAUUGCCAUAAACGAAAUCCUCUUUUGUAAAGCUCCAGUCAGAAACAACUGUGUUGGACACACACAGCAUUCCUAGACAAGUUCCACAUCAAAGGGUUAAAGCCGUACGUUGUUGGGCGGUUUAUACUAUAACAGUUCAUUAGAUUAAGUGUGAACAAGAGUGUAUUAACAAGAGGAACGACCAUAUCCUCCUUCAGCGGAUGACACUUCUCAAAAACGAGUACGGUGAGACAUACAAAAAUACGCACCACUCCAGUGGGUAAGUUGUUACAAAAUUUGACUAAAAUUGACCUUAAAGCCUGACCUAUGAAAAGAAGCGGCAGGAGUUGCUGAACAUUUGCAAAGACAACGCUACUGUCAUGAAAACGAUAACGGAUAUAAAGCCGUACGUGUGCAGGGCGAAACAAGAGGCGGAUUUUGACUUUCAUAAAACACUAUUGAAUAACAUGUCGAGGUAUCCAGAAGACUGGUGGAAAUCCAUGCGUAAGCAUAUUCUCUUAUAGAUUUUUUAAUUUUUUUUGUUUCACCUGGAAAAAGACUUUGAGGUUGCGAUAUAAAUGUAUGAGAAUACUCUUAGUAACUAUUUACCCAAUGUAACUUCCAGUGGGAUACGCGAAACCCGUUGGCUGCAAGCGAGCUUAUUUUCUAUAAAGUGCGUGUACAAUGACUAAAGAGUGACACCUGGCAUUUUUAAAAGUGCAAAUCUCAUUUACACGGUGAAAGAUUUGAGGCCAGAAAUAUGUAUAUUCGUAAGUGUGCAUGAACUGGUACUUUGAGCAAAUUCUUAAGCACUCAGGUUUCAAAAAGCCAAAAUAAAUGGAUGUUUUCCUAACCUGUCUUCUCUUAACCCUCUUUUAGAUUAACCUGUCCGAACUUUGAGUCCACGGCAAUGCAGAGCGCUGACUCUUCAGCGAACCUACCUGACACUGUUGGAAUCGUCUGCCCCUCCACCCAGAAUUAA